AUGGUCAGCGCAGUGCCCGACGCGACGCUGAGCUCGCCCCACCACCACCUCCUCCUGCGCAAAGGCGAGUGCGCAGGGGCUCGAAUCGCGCUCAAACCCCUCAAGCCCCACGUUUCGAUCCGCGACUACCUCGGCCCCCAGACGGCCGUGUGCACCCACUGCAAGGCUCGGCACUGGGAGUGCGAAAGGUCGAAGUCGACCGGACACUUUAGCACGUGCUGCUCGCAGGACAAGGUGCGGCUGCCUUCCCCUCCCCAGCCCGAUCCCGAGUAUCGACAGCUACUUGAAGGCUCGGACAGCGGUCAGUUGCUCCGUCCAACAACAUUCGUCUGCAGUAGACCCACAUGCUGAACUGUGCGACCCGCCUACACAGAAGCUGAAGCCUCCCGCGAGAAUGCCCGGUCGUACCACAACGCGCUGUUGUCCACUUCGCUCGCUGCCCACUUUGACCAGACUUGACCAGGCACUCAAGGACCCCACGUGUUUCGCGUGUUUGGUCGUCUUCACCAUCGACUCGGCGCCCUGAUCCCUGUCGUCAAUCAUCGCCCAUCCUUUGCUCAAACAUGGUUCAUCGACCCGGCCGAGGCGACCGACACUCGACGGCGCAGACAGUCGCAUACAGAGAUCUACUUUGACCAACCUCGAGUCCAUGUUGCGUACCGGAAAUCGCUUUGUGAGGGAGUUUGCACCGGCCAAAGCUCGCGCAGGUUGGGAUACGGCCAAAGAGACGGUCCUGCGCCUCUGCCUACCACCAGGCCGAGACCGACGCACCCACAACCGGCCUACGUCGAGCACGGAAAUGGCGAUGCUUAUCUGCGAUUCCGACACGGGAGAUCGUGGACCGCAAGGCCUUAUUCUUCAGGUGCACGGAGAUCGAUGUCCUGACUUGGUCGGCCCAACCAAAUCGCUAGCUCGCUCCAUCCGUCUGCGUUGCCUCUCCGUUACCCACUACUCUUACCCGCAGAGGAAGAUAGCUUCCACCUCAACAUUCCUCUUCGCGGAUUCCACCAAGCUGCGUCGCCGAUCGUCAGAAACCGAGAGCAGAUCGACAAUGCUGUCCAAUUGCGCGAGGUACUUGCCGGUCUCGGUCUGGAUGACGAAGGCGAAGAGGAGGACGAAGACGGCGACGAUGAGGAUGAAGACGGCGAGGGAAGGGGACGAAGAAGAAUGGUGAUGGUGUACGUAAGCGUCUUCGCCUCUAUCUCACUUGUUCCAUUCUGUUGGGACGCAAGCACAGACUGACAUAGAAUGUUUGGAUAUCUAGAACGAGGGUCAAGACAAAGGGGACGAGGUGGAUCAACCCGAGUCUCGCGUUUCCCGCAUUGCACCCAGCGUUUCUUCCUCGAGUUCGUGAUCGACGGAUACUCCCAAACUCCCCAGCCGAGACCGAUCGGCGCAACCACAUCCGAUUUCAUCAAGAGAGCCUGCGCCUCACCACGGCCCAAGGCAUCACCGACGCUGUUGCCAACGGCUUGACCCCGGAUCAAACUGGACGUUCGGUGAUUUUGGGCUCCACGGUCAAGACUAUCCCGCGCGAGAUCACGCAGCGUUACCAAGAUGCGACGGCGUGCGUUGUCGAACAUGGUAAUUCUUUGCUGUUCAUCACGGUGACGUGCAAACCUGGUUGGCCGGACAUAAAGGCUGCACUGGGGCCGAACGACAAAGCAUGCGGCCGUCUGGAUCUCAUCGCACGAGCGUUUGAAGCCAAGUUGAACCGACUCUGCCAUGACGAUUUGGCAACAAGCAUCGGGCAGGCUGUUUCGGCGAUGAAUGGAGAACACUUUCUUUGCUCUACUUCUAUUGUGGUUUUAUACCUCUGCUGA